AUGUUGGCAUCAGCUCUCAAGGCAAGCCUCUCUUCCCUGAGAAAACUGGACCUGAGUCACGAUGACCUGCACGAUACAGGAGUGAAAUGGCUCUCCGCUGGUCUGCAGAAUCCAAACUGUAAACUGGAGAUACUAAGGCUAUCAUUCUGUGGCGUGACAGAGGACUGUAAUUAUCUGGCAUCAGUUCUGAGGUCCAACCCCUCCCAUCUAAGAGAGCUGGACCUGAGCUUCAAUCACCCAGGAGAAUCAGGCUUAAAGGUUCUUUCAGCUAGGCUGGAGGAUCCACACUGUAGAUUGGAGAAACUCGACGUGGACCAUAAUGAAGAGUUCUGGGUGAAACCAUGGCUACUUAGGAAGUAUGCUUGCAAGCUCACACUGGACCCAGACACAGCACACAGACGUCUCUUUCCCUCUGAGAGGAACGAACAGGUGAGGGUGAUGGAAAAUAAUCAACAAUAUCCUGAUCAUCCAGAGAGGUUUGAACACUGGCCACAGGUGCUGUGUAAAGACGGUCUGAGUGGACGAUGUUACUGGGAGGUACAGUGGAAUGGGAUUGAGACUAAGAUUGGGGUGUACAGUGGAAUAGAAUUGAGACUAAGAUCGGGGUGA